UUGCGUGCUGUACCCUAGACUGUCCCAAGUACUGUUGUGAAUUGAACUGAUUGCAAUCAAACCCAAUGCAACACAAUGAGACAAUGCUGCUCCAAACAUCUUCCUUAUAAUGUCAUCUGCCAUUAAUGAUUUCAAGUCUAAGCUAGAUGGCCUACUAAGUUCUCUUCACACCCUGUCCAGUAGUGAGAAACAAAUUGCAGUAUCAAUCCUAUCGUCAACACUGUCAUCUACAAUUUUUGUUAGCUCUAAGUCCAACUCAUCCAGUGUAUCUAAUAACAAAGAUUCAAUUCCUUCUAGCAUAUCAGAUUGUUAUGAAAAAAAGUUUAACUCAAACUCACUCAGACGAACGCGAUCUGCCUUGUGUGAUUCUGUUAAAAGGAGAGCUCGCUGCAAGAAAUUACCAAAGAAAAGAGUUGCUUUGGGGACAGGAGAAAGCAGUGAGUCAGUGACAUCUUUAGAGCUUGCCCAUCAAAACAUAGACGAUGACGUACAGCACAAUUGGUCUGAACACCACAAACCUGGUACAAUAUUGCUUCCACAGUCGUCGGAAGUCUUUCCACGACCGCAAGCGUGUCCUGCACUUACGAAAGCAUUCGUAUCAUUCCAAGAAGCUAAAGCACAACUGCAAGAGAAGAGACCAUUAUGGGAAGAGAUAUGCAAUGUUCCAAAAGCUAGAAAUGUCGGCGAGCGACUCAAGCCGGCGGUACUCAAGCCUAGUGAAGUACCAUCGGAGUCGGUGCGAGUUUUCUCAAGAACGAAUUCAGAAACUUUCUCUGUUGGACUCGAAAUGGGCGAGUUACAAACAGUAUCACUCAAACCAGAGGGACAAGCGUCUAUGGAAGUUUCUACAUCAUCAGGCACGCGUCAACAGGCAUCAUCAAAAGAUAAUAAUGCUGAGAGAAAAGCUGAAGCAACUCAAUCAGCUGCAGUCUCCAUCAAGAAUGAAAAAGAUAGCAAGGAAAAGCCUAUUGAUAACGAGACAUAUCAACAAGCAUCGGUAUCAUUAUCACAAGAGUGCAGCCCACGAACAGAAACUUUACAUGCACAUGUCCAAGGUUCUUCUAUACCACAACAAGCUCAACGUUCUUUCCCUAAAGCUGUGCCGCUACAGCAACCGUCAUCGAUAUCAUUACAAUAUCACGAAUCGUUACAGUCAGUGGUAUGCCAAAUCCCAUCAUCAAAUGAUGUCAACCAUCCCAGUUGUGGACAUCUGCAAGCUCAAAGUUGCAGAGUACAACAAGAAGCGAGCGUUUCACAGAUUCAAAGCUCUCUAUCACAAGCGCAAGAGUGUGCUGCACCAAGCGCGUCAAGAAUUCCACAAAUCGAGAAUGGAGGUUUGAUGACGGUUGCAUGCGCGACUUUGGAACAGGCAGAGGGCCGAGGCGCGAUUUCAACUUCCGUCGCAUCCUCUUUGCCUUCAACAACGAGCUGCGUGCUGAAUAUUGGAGUGCCGAAUGCAAGAACUUUUCCUGUGGACACCAAUUCGAAGAGUCAGGAUGAAAUUGAUUGUUCUAUACAUCCCUCGCCCCUCGCUUUGGACAAGUUCAGCAUGGCGCGCGACCUCAGAGAAGCUACAGAAACACUGGAAAAAUCUUUUUCAAGUUUAAAAGAGCAGCAACAGUGGCAUCUUCAGCAACAGGCUUUAAUUUUCGCGGAGAAUAUAAAUGAUAAUUUUGGUUUGACUGAUGCUGAGAAAAUGUGCAGGCGAACACUUCUUGAUAGUCGGGAAAACGAAGGUUGUGAACAGGCGGGAGGCCCGAGCUACACGUACCGGGCAACGCAGCUACUGGACCACAGCCUGCGGGUGCUCGGCUUCAACCAGAACACCCGCGAUUGUUAUCUGAAUGACGUGUUGACUACAUCGCAUUUCGACUUGCCCUCAGAUUUCAGUGAAGUUCUUGAUUACUCAAUGCAAGGCAGGCCCGAUAAGCUCAUUGAGGAAGAUGCGCCCACAGACCUCUCGGUUGAACAUGACUUGGAUAUCAAGGGUGAUGGAAGCAUAAUACCAGAAUUUAGCGACGUGCUCCAUGGAGUUGCGGAGGGGAGACAAUCGCUAGAUGGUAGCGAGCCUACUGACCUUUCCCUGUCUCAUACCGAUAAAGCGAGAUGUGUCGUUAACGACAGUGCUGAUUCCAUUGAUAUGAAUCACAGGAAAUACGUCCAUACUGAUCCCUCUCAUUCCUGCAACCUUCCUAGCUACCAAUCUUUGGUCAAUGGUACCUAUGAGUACAUCUUGAUCAAUGACACUUGUUCUUGCAAAACUGCUGCUGAAGAUGAUAUCCCAGACCACCACGUUAGUAAUUGCGAAUCUAUGCAUCGCAAAUGCGUGAAAAGGAAAAUUCCGCGUUUGUCAAGAGAUGAUCCUGAGAAUGCCAACGAAUCGGCUGAGAUUGUAGAGUUCGGUUCUCAGGACGUCGUGUACGACUUAUCUCUCCCGCCUGUCUUGAAUCCCCCCGUAAAAAGCCUGAACUGUGAAGCUUGUCCGUUACCUGAAUACUCUGUUACUUUGGAAGACAGUUCAGCUCAAACCCCCCAAAGCAAUGAAGCUAUUUCCUUUGCCGAAUUUUCUUUUGAAUCUAUCGUUCCCGAAAGUGUCAAAAAGUUCGCAACGUCUCCCACAUUAACGAUCCCACAAAGUGACUUUUCUUCUCAACUGAAGCUUCCCAGCUUUUCUAAAGCUCCUCUGCAAUCGACGGAUGUUGUUCGUUGUAUCCCCACUACUCCUACCGAUCCUUUGUCCAAGGAGUUUGCUAAUACAAACCUGCCGCUUUUGGCUUCCUCCUCACCUUCAGAGCCACCAAAAGAUAUCUCCAACAAAUCGUUGAAAUCUCACGCUAUUUCACCCUUCGUCGAAGUUCAAGCUGGUGCGAACAGUAAUGGCGCAGCGACGCGUGUUUUUACGGAUGAGGUUCGUCGAUCUAAAGGUAUACGACUCAAUAAAAUAAAUAGAAUCCGCUUACCGGAUAGCAUCGAAUCAAGGACAAGAAUAGUGCGUGAAAGAAACAUCAAAUCGCAUCACGGUCUCGACAAGGAAAUAGCUUCUGCUUUGAAGUCUUCAAUAUCUAGUACGAAGUCCUUAAAACGUACCACUAGACCGACUUACAUCUGCCAAAUUUGCGGCUCUGAAUUUGCUCAAAAGGUAUCGUACGUACGGCAUACACGUGGCCACGACAACAACAAAUGCAGGCUGUGUUCGUCGAGCUUCAGCUCGUGGAAAGCCUUGCGUGCCCAUAGCCUCGUGAGUCACGGUGCCCAGCUCAGCGCUAAGACCUACGACUGUCAGCACUGCUGUCGUUCCUUCACCAAACGCGUUCUUCUGCACGCCCAUACCGCCAAGCUCCACACGCGUCAUGGCACGCACAUGUGUCCUAAGUGUGGAGCUGAGCUCGCGAGUGCUGCAGCGCUGCGACAGCACCUGCAGGAUCACUGCAACAAGAAGCUUCCCUGCAGCCUCUGCAACGCCUUCUUCAGCCGCCGGCAACCUCUUCUCAGACACCUCAAGGGCCACGAACGUAACGCGUGCCCUGAAUGUGGGGCGGCAUGCAGUAGCAGCAAGCAACUCCUCGCCCACUGCCGCGUCGCGCAUCGUGCGCACGACCGCGACGGCUCUGCUUCAGCCGAUGCUGCUUCUCGAAGUUACGUCCAGAGGACAAAUAAAACUCCAGUUCCAGAAGCUACCCGUGCUCAAUUACAAGAUGACAGGUACAGUUCUCAGGAAAAUGUUCAGGGUGAUAAUGAACGCACACGUAGAGCGUUUAAAGAGCGAAUACCUAAAACUGUUAAAUCUGAAAAUGACGCAGCAAAAAUAUCCAUUGACUGCACGGAUACCGAGUGUGGUGGGGUUGUUGCCGAGACUGAUGUCUUGCAGGGAAGUGAUACUGAUGAAGUUUAUAUUCUGAAAGACACUCAAGGUAUAUUGGAUGGCACCGAUGAUAAUGAUACUAAAUGCGACAGUACUUCCUGCAUGGAGAACACUUGUUCUUGUGUUGAAACUUUCAUGAAAACUAAGGUAUCUUCAAGCUUCCACAAAAGCUUUAUUCAAAGCCACGCUCAUCUCAAGCAUGAAGAAACAAAAGCAAACUCCUCCAGUCCAAGCUCAGACGCGGAUUUCUGUCGUACGUUGAUUGCAGCGCAGGAAUGUAGUGUUGGAUGUCACACGGUGAACGCUGAUGUCCCUUCUAGUGAUAGCGCUACUGCGGCACAAAAUGUUAUCUUAUGCUUAUCCCAGAAUGACUUUCCCAGCCUCAGUGUUAGCCCUGCCUUGCAAGAAGGAAGAUGUCACUCGAACGACCUCGUCUCGAGGCAACAUCGUCCAGCGUCCUCGUCCUGCUGCAAAGAGUUGCGACUCGCACGCUUCACUCCAAUCACCGCUGCUCCGUCUAACGACACAACUUGUAACUUGACUCAGGGUCUUGACGAGUCUUUACAAAUUUCCGAUUUGAAACCCAAAGAACAAUUAAAAUCUGUCAAAGGGAGCCAUAUUAAGGUAGCAAACCUUGACCGCGCAGCGCCGGCUGGUCGCUCGAAGUUCCGCGCGCCCGCGCACGUGUACAGCCGAGCCCACCCGUGCCCCAGCUGCCCGCGCGUAUUUGGCCGCCCCUCGCUUCUCAGGGAGCAUCUUGCCUCGCAUUCCGUUUCAGGUGAACUGGCGUUCAGAUGUGAACCAUGCAGCAAGACCUUCGCCACCCGCAGCGGCUACCGCAAGCAUCUGCUGUCAACGCAUCACUCCUUAUCUCGGCCUAGUACACAACAACUUAACGAAGCAAAAAUACCCCAGAGAAACAAGCCUGCCCUGCAUGACACUUGCGAGACGCAAGCAGUCUUAGACGAUGGAGGCAUUGAGCGAGAAUGUCUUCAAGGCGACGCUGAGACGCGUCCGAAAACGAAGAGCACGGCCGUCGGGGCGAGCAGCGAAGAAAAUUCAACUUCAUGCAAAACGAAACACUUUGAAUCUAUUUGUGCGCCUCCCAAUCUGGCCUCUAGUGAAGGAAACGACCACUUACCAAAUGAAGUCAAAAGCGUUAAUUCUAAAGUUUGCAGUUAUAACGCGAACAAAAAUAUUGAAAACAAGAACUAUCCGAACGUUUCUGCUGAGUUGGAUGAUGGUUUCAAUAAGGAAUUUCCUGAUCGGCAUGUCUCGUUGACACUGGGUUCCCAGAAGAGGAAAGUUGACAUCUUGCAUGGAAGCCAACAGCACCCGAUUAAUGAUACGUCGAGUACAACUCUCUCGGCUUGGAACCAAACCGUUUCGAAGCGUAAAUCCUCUGAACCUGAAUCUGGCAACGGUCUGCGGCGAGACGAUGCGAGAAGCUCGAUUAACGUGAAUAAAAAUGUAAAUCAAACGAUGAAGUCGAUGGGAGAAUUUAGGAAGUUUUGUAAAGCACAAGAUAAUUGCAGAAAGCCAAGUUACUCGUGCAGUUUAUGUGACUACUCGACAAAGAAUAAAUUCUCUAUGAAACGACAUCUUGACACACAUUUCAACCGGCGCCGAUUUGUUUGUGAGGCAUGCGGGAAGGCGUUCAUGUCGCUCCUCAAUCUGCAGGAUCAUCAUGCCUUUGUUCAUUCCACUGAGAAGAAGUUCAAUUGUUCGCACUGUUGUUCAGCCUUCAAGACCCGGUCUACUCUUGUGCGUCACAUGCAAAGACACUCUGAUAAUAAGCCUUACAAAUGUCACUGCGGGAAUAAGUACAAACGAUUAUCAGGUCUGAAAAAGCACAAAUUAAUGGCUCAUAAUGAGGUUUCCAACGUGCGAAAGCUGUUGAAAGUGCAGGUUGGGACUCCGCUCCUGUGUAUCGACACCUUGGAGCAAAGAAUGGAACCUGCGUCUGGCAUGAACGCUUUGUGUCAACAUGAUCACGACGAGAGUCUCGGGCGGGAGUGUCGAAGAAGCAACGCUAAAAAUAAAGCGUUGAAAAGUUUUAGCCUCCCAAGUAUCAAUCCACUUGAUAAUUUAGAUCAAAUUAAAGCCAAAUCACUCAGGCAAAAAAAUGAUCACGAACCCGAAGUUGUGGCCAAAUCUGUGGGUCUAAUUGAUGGAGUUUUGAACCUAACGGUGACAGAAUCUUUGCCCAAGAUUUCAGAAUCAUUCGACAGCAACAUAAUUAUCCUUGAAAAUCUCCAUUGAAUUAAAGCAGGGACACAUACUAAUGUAAAUUCAAUCGGAUCAGAUUCUUCCCUUGUCACUAGCACCAUAACUGCCACCUUGGCCACAGCUGCUGCGCCAGCACAUCCCAAUUCUCCUCGACCUCACUUGAAGUAGGAGCAGCGUCGUCCUGUGUCAUCUCAGGAACAAAGUUGAAAAUACCAUUAAGAAAUUCACAGCCUGGCACCCACGUGUCUAGUGUUUCAAGACUGUACAGCCUUACGAGUAGUGGGAGUCGGUCGACGUCUCUGUCCCGCGUAUAUCAUGAAAGUGUAAUCCAUUUUGAAAACACAGUACAAGCAAAGGAGCCUUGCGGCUCUAGCUGCACCAAUAUCUCCUUUGUAAUCAAUAUUCAUCUGGAUCAUUCUAUGAAAUCCUAUCUUGAAAUUAGCAUAAAUGCGCUGUUUAUUCUAUUUAAGAUAAAGUACUUCUGGGUGCGUUGCUAAAAUUCUGUAUUCAGUGUUUGGAGACAGUGAGACUGCAAUUCUAGGAGUAAAAUCCUAUUCCGAGUUACCUCGUUGAUUUUGACGUACGAUUGAUACCAAUCUUAAUAUUGAAACUGGAUCUACUUGGUCUGCUUUUGCAAUAGCACAAGUUGAUAAGCCUCGCAAACAUGUGAGCUUUUAGGCUGUGAUGUGAAGAUGUUUAUGUGCAGCACCUUCGAUAACUACAAGAUACCUGUUGACGAUGUAGUAGGUAUUCGUGUUACUUGUGAUGGUUCCUCCUGUGAUAAUGUCGAGGAUAAACUAUGAUUAGCAAACAUGCCAUUUACUCUUAUUGUCGCAACCACCGUAGAUUUUUAAAUGCUCUUUGACAGGCUUAACGGUUUCUAUUCAUUGAUAACUGAAUUUAUCAUUUUUGUUACGAUGUGUUAAAUUUUUCCUGUCAUACUAGAUGUCAAUCAAGUGAACAUUGAUUCAGGUCGAGUCACCUAAAAUUGCUCAAAAUUUAUUAGCUUUUAUCGAAACGAUAACUAACCGAACUUUUGAAUUUUAGUGUCUGUUGCAUUGGAUAUCAAAACUGAAUGCGUUUGAGGCUGCCCUAAUAGACCCAACGCACAACGCUGGUCGGCAGCACUAUUCCUAUUGUUUUGUGAAACUAUAUCUUAAUUAGGUUUUAAAUAAUUAAAUUGCCACUAUGUCUGCAAUUAAUAACGAUCAAAUAUUAGCACACCAGGGUUAAACAACAGAUGUCUCGCCAAAAAGACUGUCGGUUCAUUAAUUUAUAGCUUUUAUGGGUUGGUGUGCACAUACUCUGAGCAUUAGCAUUCAUGGGGGGAGCGCCUACCUGCUUCAUAUAUUAUUGGGUACCAAACUAUUGACUUAGUUCAGUGUCGGCAAACUAUGCGCUAUAGCAUCUUAAAUAUUACGUUAUGUUCUUUUCUCUGCUUUCCGCCUUGUUUGUAAGAAAAGCAAAGUAAACUACAUCGACGGCUGACAUUGACGCGUCGUUUGACUUUGGGCUUCAGCCUGUUAGCUACGUAGAUGCGAUCUGGGAAACGGAAUUAUGUGCCGAAGCCGAUAAUUUUUUUAAUUACCAAUUUUCAAGUCUUGAUUAACCUACAAAAUACUUCGUCUUCCAUACAAUUUCUGAUUGGAUUACAUGGAAUAGACAACUAUUCAAAUUCGGUCAACAUUGAAGCCUUUGUCAAAUGGAUUACAUUCCUAUUCGGUUCUGUAUUUUUCUCCGUCGUUCAAUUCUUACAAUAUCGUUUUUUAACGCUGGACUUAACACAUGUUUAUAGCACUUCAUGUUGGACUUGAUCAUCUUUCUCCAUAUCGAUUAUAAAGUUCUGUCAAUCUUAUCACCACUUUACGAGCCGGCACUGCAGCUGCGGCAGCUGGCCUAAUUGAAUUCAAAUAUUAAAUUUGAAUUCGAGUUUAACUUCUGUCAAGGCACCAAGUGAAAUAUGAUGUGGGGAACGCGUUUCAUAUUAACCUUGACAUUUUUUGUUUUAAGUUUAAUUUAGAGUGAGGCAUUAAUGAAUGUAAGUCUAAGUGAUGGAAAAAUAAAGCAGUGAUGUUUCCGUGAUGAGUUAUAUUAAAUAAUUUUGCACACUCACUGGGAGACUUUUUGCCAGCUCUACUCAAAAUGUUGUAGAUUACUCACUAGGGUAACUGGUCGAUUUUUUUGUGGUUAUGGAAGAGAAAAUAUCUCUUGCAUUUGAAUUUGUCAUGAAAAAUAAGUAAACUACAGUUGUGAAAAGGUAUACGUGCAUGGUGAGGCUGGUUGAGUUUGUUGGCUAGCGUUAAAAUGUAUCGAUUAUGAAUCCAUGUCAUAUUACCGGAUAAGUGCAAUUUUGGCUUGAUUUUUAAUUCCGGUCUUAUAUUUCCUUUAUUCAUGCGGUAGUCAGUAUUCAGCAUCUGUUUGCACGUACAUGAAUGACUAAUGUAUCAAUCAAUAUAUAAUACUUUUGAA